CAGCGGUGGUUCCUCUCACAACACCUGACUUCUGCGCUCCGCUGUGCGUUGAAAACAUGCCGGUGUGAACUCCCAGAAACUACCUGCUCUAACCUACCUGCAACUGUUUUGAGUUUUCUCGCUGAUCCAAAGAUGGAAGACCGUGUUGCGCCGUGGACCCGCUGAUUUCUGUUUCACUGAGGGCGAAAACUUCUCAAAUCUCCUGAAGGAUCUGCGACUUGUCAUCACCUCUCCCAGCGAGUGUGUGUGUCUGGGCACAGCGGCAUUUCUGUCACUUUGUGCUUCCAGUGUCUCCUCAGCAUCCACAAAAAAACACCCAGGGACCACAGGCUGUAAGAUUAGAGUGAAGAAUGAGGUCAUCUGUUGCCCUGCUGGCCCUGCUGCUUGUUCUGGGCUUGACCACUAGUGUAUGGAGUCUGAACCCGGACGACCCCAAUGUCUGCAGUCACUGGGAGAGCUACGCUGUGACUGUCCAGGAGUCCUACGCUCACCCAUUUGACCAGAUCUACUACACCAGAUGCACAGAUAUCCUCAACUGGUUUAAAUGCACAAGGCACAGGAUCAGCUAUAAGACAGCUUACCGGCGGGGAGUGAGGACCAUGUAUAGGCGCCGCUCACAGUGUUGCCCUGGUUACUUUGAGAGCGGAGACUUGUGUGUUCCUCUGUGUACAGAGGAGUGUGUCCAUGGUCGCUGUGUGUCUCCUGAUACAUGCCAGUGUGAGCCUGGAUGGGGCGGACUGGACUGCUCUAGUGCAAACACAGCCAAUGGAACAGGCUGUGAGAGUGACUACUGGGGACCUCAUUGCAGUAAUCGGUGUCAGUGCCAAAAUGGGGCGAAGUGUAACCCUAUCACAGGUGCCUGUGUCUGCACUGAUGGGUACCAGGGAUGGCGUUGUGAGGAGCCCUGUGAGCACGGUUACUAUGGCAAGGCCUGCCAACUACCUUGCCAGUGUCUCAAUGGUGCCACCUGCAACCAUGAGACAGGAGAGUGCAUCUGUGCACCAGGGUACUCAGGGGCUUUCUGUGGAGAGCGCUGCCCCUCCGGUAGUCACGGGCCUCACUGUGAGCAGCGCUGCCCCUGUCAGAAUGGAGGAACAUGCCACCACAUCACUGGAGAUUGCUCCUGCCCUGCCGGGUGGACGGGUUCAGUUUGUGCCCAGCCAUGCCUUCUUGGCAAGUACGGCAUCAACUGCAGCAAGGACUGUUCCUGUCGUAAUGGCGGACUGUGUGACCACAUCACAGGGCAGUGCCAGUGCGCAGCUGGCUUCAGUGGACGCAGGUGUCAGGAUGACUGUCCUGUGGGCAGCUUUGGUCGGCAGUGUAACCAGAAGUGUGAGUGUCAGAAUGGAGCAAAGUGUCACCAUAUCAAUGGAGCCUGUCUGUGUGAAACGGGAUUUAAAGGCCCUAACUGCCAAGAGAGAUUCUGUCCCACAGGCCUCUACGGCCUCAUCUGUGACAAGUACUGCCCCUGUAAUACCACCAACACCGUGAGCUGCCACCCACUUUCAGGUGAAUGCACCUGCUCUGCGGGAUGGACAGGGCUUUACUGUAAUGAGACCUGCCCGCCUGGAUACUACGGAGAGGGAUGCAUGCUGCCUUGCAGCUGUACCAACGGAGCUGACUGCCAUCCUGUCACCGGUGCCUGUAUAUGUGCCCCUGGGUUUAUGGGUGAGGACUGUGCUACUGUCUGUCCUCCUGGUCUGUAUGGACCAAGCUGCAUGUCCACCUGCUCCUGCCAUAAUCACGCAUCCUGCUCUCCAGUCGACGGCUCCUGCAUCUGCAGGGAAGGCUGGCAGGGUGUGGACUGCUCUAUCCUCUGUUCCAGUGGUACCUGGGGUCUGACCUGUAAUCAGACAUGCUUAUGUACCAAUGGAGCUGCAUGUGACCCUAUAGAUGGCAUCUGUACGUGUUCUCCUGGGUGGAGGGGAGAGCACUGUGAUGAGUCCUGCCCAGAUGGCACCUAUGGCUUGGAGUGCCGUGAGCGCUGUGACUGUAGCCAUGCUGAUGGCUGUGACCCAGUGAGUGGCUACUGCCGCUGCUACCCCGGCUGGACAGGAAUCCACUGUGAUAAUGUGUGCCCACAAGGCUUCUGGGGACCCAACUGUUCAGUCAGCUGCUCCUGUCAGAAUGGAGGAUCCUGCUCUCCAGAGGACGGCACAUGUGUGUGUGCACCUGGAUACAGAGGGACCUCCUGCAAAAGAAUCUGCUCUCCGGGGUUCUACGGGCACCGCUGCAGCCAGUCGUGUCCGCAGUGUGUGCACAGCACCGGGCCGUGCCAUCAUGUCACGGGCCACUGUGAGUGCCUGUCUGGCUUCUCUGGCUCUCUGUGCAACCAAGUCUGUCCGAGCGGCAGGUACGGCAGGGCCUGCGCUGAAAUCUGCCUCUGUACCAACAACGGCACCUGCAACCCCAUUGAUGGCUCCUGCCAGUGUUUCCCUGGCUGGAUAGGAGAGGAUUGCUCUCAGGCCUGUCCGUCUGGGCACUGGGGCCCUGAUUGUCUCAACUCAUGUAACUGUCACAAUGGAGCCCAGUGCAGUGCCUACGAUGGGGAGUGCAGGUGCAGCCCUGGCUGGACCGGACUCUACUGCACACAGCGCUGUCCUUCAGGGUUCUACGGCAGGGACUGCUCCGAAGUCUGUCGCUGCCAAAACGGCGCAGACUGUGACCACAUCACUGGCCAGUGUGCUUGCCGAACAGGCUUCAUCGGGAUGAGCUGCGAGCAGAAGUGUCCUGCUGGUACAUUUGGAUAUGGUUGCCAGCAGCUGUGUGAGUGCCUGAACAAUGCUACCUGUGACUAUGUGACUGGAACAUGCUACUGCAGCCCGGGAUAUAAAGGCAUCCGUUGUGAUCAAGCAGCUCUGAUGAUGGACGAGCUGAACCCAUAUACCAAGAUUAGCCCAGCACGAGGCUCGGAGCGCCAGUCUGCGGGAGCUGUCAUGGGCAUCAUCUUUCUCCUCCUCAUCAUCAUGGCCAUGCUCAGUCUGUUUGUGUGGUAUAGACAGAGGCAGAGGGACAAAGGACACGAGAUCCAGCCCAGUGUUUCCUACUCACAGGCAAUGCACAUCACCAACACUGACUAUUCCCUGUCUGAGUGUGGCAGUACUGUAGCGAUGAGGACCAGUGCUGCUGAGGUCAAUCAGAGCCAGAACAGCAGCAGCAGCAGUGGCCAGUGCUUUUCCAACCCCAGUUACCACACUGUGGCCCAGUGUAAUGUUGUCUCAACCAUCUCCAGCAACCUGGAUGGCACUCUGACCCUCAAAUCAAACACCCUGAAAAGCAGAAAUGGCUCAGAAUGGAGAGCCUACUGCAACCUCAAUGAUAUAGAUGUUCAACAGGGGGAGACACAGACACAGAGAGGCUCCCGAAAAGAUUACAUCAAGGGCUCCAUGUGCAGCAACAGCUCCUGCUCCCUGAAUAGUGAGAAUCCAUACGCCACCAUUAGAGACCCUCCAGGGCUGGCUUGCAAGCACACAGAGAGCAGCUAUGUGGAGAUGAAGUCCCCCUCCCACCGUGAAGUGCCCUUUGGAGGCACUGCCACCCUCCUGGGCAGUGCGAGCAGGAAUGUCUAUGAUGUUGAGCCAACGGUGAGUGUGCUGCAGGGACCCAAUGGAAUGGCCACCGGCUUCUCACAGAGCCCCUAUGACCUUCCCCGUAGCAGCCACAUCCCCAGCCACUAUGACAUACUGCCUAUGCGUCACAGCCCCACACACACACCCCCGCCACCCCCAGAAAGUCCCAGCUCCCUGCUCUAGAUGGCACACCCUCCGCCUGGCUCUGACAGCGUGCCGGCAGUCCAGGCAAUGUUCGGUCAACUUUUCAACCAACGGCCCUCCCUCUGUCUCCGUGUUUGUUCAAUUAGAUACUGAGAUGUUGAGAUGGAGGGACAGCCACAGCUCUCCUGGACCCGGCUCUCUUUGGCUCCCUCUCUGACACUCUUUCUGUUGCCCUGAAGGAAGGAGGGGAGGAAAGAGUGUCCCACACACCAGCGACCAUUCACCCAUUUUAUUUCCUUACAGAACAGAUCACUCAAACUGCUGCCCGGCCUCUUUAUGGACCUUCUGAAGUGGAACAUAAUGGUUCCAAACAGCGCUAAGGGCAGCAUACAGGGAUUGGGUGGACAGAUUAUUUACAGGGAGAGAGCUAUCCUCACACUCAUUUUUAUCCCAUGAUAUAGGUUUACUAUUCAAGGGCAGCCAAGUGUUUAUAAUGUCCCCUAAACAGAAGUAAUUUUCUCCACAGGAAGGAAGGUAUAGCAACCUUGACCAUUUCAAAGCAGGUGACGAUUUACUACAUAGAGACAUCAGAGUUUAUGAAUUGUCACUGUGUGCAGCAGCUGCAGAUCACAGCACAGCUGACAUUAAGUGAUUAUGACCAUCUACUCUGAGGGGAUAGAAGAGAACUGAUUGUUCUAAAUGGUAAACAUGGAAACCCGGCUGAGAGUCUGAAAGCAUGGAUAAAUAGUAAAAUAUUGUAAUGGUCCUUUAUUCACUGUUAUCCUGUAAUGGUCACACAGUUAAUACUAAGGUGAUCCCUGUCUGUAACUCAACAGCUUCUUUUUAAGUUUCAGUGUAAAUGAGGCCCUGUGUAUCUGGAGAUGCGUUCAGGUCAAGUGUUCAUGCAUUGUUACAUUAACUAAGAGACACACUGAUGGAGUAAUCAUAUCUUGUGUUGUUUCCUAUGUGAAAGCAUUUUUUGCAAAUGUUUUUUUUCAUUUUUUGAAAUAUUGGGUGUUAAUAAGGGAUUGCUUUGAACUUUUAUGUUUUGUAUUUAUAAAGCUAAUUGCUUUAUUUAAUAAUUUAUAUUAGUGACAGUGAAUUUUUAUCAAUGUGACACUAGAAUAUAAAAAGAUGAGCAUGAUCAGAUAAUGGAUACCCACUGAUGUAGAUAACACAAAAUUUAUCUUCUUGUGAGAUGGUCAGUGUCAUUUUGUGAACUGUUUUUGAAGUUAUUUAAAAUGUUAUAAAAAAAAUCUCUCUCUCUCUCUCUCUCUCUCUCUCUCUCUCUCACUCUCUCUCUCUCUCGCUCUCUCAGAUUGUGUAAAUUCAAAAUAAGGUUUCAUCUGACCAAUUCAAGACCCUCAAAUACCAUGUGCAGUAUUUACAAAGGGAACUAUAUGUAAAAAGUCCAAUUCUAAAAUAUUUUAUGUUUGUAUCAGGCUAAUUAACUUAUUUAUAUAUUGAACUGAAUUUAUUCAUUCACUAUGUGAAUUCCAUUUCACCCUCUGUAGAAGCAAUAACAUGUUGACAAUCGAUGCCCAGACAGUGUUUCAUUAGUGCUGGACAUUAUGCCAUCUUUGACCAGUGUGGUGACAGUGGAUCAUCUUUUAUGUGACUGUUUUUCCUCUGAGGAAGGUUUUUUCCAGUUGCUGUCAUAUCAAUGCUGCUUGUUGUUUUGGUACUUAAGUUUCAAAUUAAAAGCCUAUUCUGCCAUCAGAAAUCCGUUUCAAUCAGGUUAAUAACCUGGAUAGAUAGAAGAUGAAUUUACGUUUCAUGUCAAGUGUUAGAGAGGACAUGUCUCUCUUCAUCUGUAGGUCUGAAUAUCAAAAUGUCAUCAUGGCAAUGAACGUUGAGUGUUUGAUACUGAUGGAUGAAGGGUUCCACUCUAACAAAUAAGAAAUGUUAUUCUGUUAAUCUUACGAUUUCUGGGCUAUACCUCAGCCUGCAAUUCAAAGUGUCAAGAUGUUGUCUUGUUAAACAUAUUCCAGAUUCAUGAAUGGGGACAUUUUGUCAAAGUGAUCUCAUGUUAAGUAGAGUUUUCAGAGGGGUGACGACUACAAGAUUUCUGUUGUAGGCUCCAGUUCUGUACAACUUGUAAUUGGAACAACAUUUUAAAGGUCUGUGAAGAUG